AUGAAGUAUUGCAAGCACGUGCUUGUCAUUGCGGCUUCAUGCUUUUCGCACUUUACACUAGCUUCUACCCCCAACGUUAUCGUUAGUGUUGGCGGCAACGAAUACCUUGCAAAGCGCGGGUUAUUCGGAAGCAAAGAAGAAGUUGGUGGAGAGUUGGUCCUUGCACCAGCUUCAGACCCUCUCCUCUGCAACUACAAUGGGACACAAACGGCCUCUCCCCUUUCUGCAGCUUCCAUUCUUCUUGUCCCUCGUGGUGAUUGCAGUUUUGAGCAAAAAGCGCACGCAGCUCGUCAACUCUACGGAGUCGUUGGAGUUUUUAUUUACGACACUCUGAGUGCGAGAUAUGGAUGGGACGCAGAGAAUGAACGUGUUAACUUUCCCCGAGCCCAAUGGGACUACGAGUGUGCCAAUGGGUUCGGGACCAUGAAGAAUCUAGCAUUGGAUCCCCCGAAAUACAAUUCAACCGAGCUUGACUCUGUCCUCAGUCAAGGUUGUACGUUACAGGCGACUCGGAGCCCAUGUGAAUCAAAUCUAUGUGUGGUGACCUCCCAUACAAAGAAUGAUACUGAUUAUCCAGUUUGCUGUGCUUGGGAUUUACCGAUGACAAUGGGUGGGGAUGACAGUUUGAACGACGAUAUGACUAAAGACGUGGUGGCAGUUUUUUUGACUAUUCGUCAGGGGAAGGAAAUUGUUCCACUCGCAACCGCUGUAGGAGCAGGCGGAGGUGCUGUAGGAACCAUCACCGCCCGUCCACGAUCGAAUUUCAAUAUCUCUUUUCUAUUCAUAUGGCUCAUGGCCAUGUUCGCCACGCUCUUCGGUGCUUGGAAUGGCGCCAAGGAAUAUCGGGAUUUCAGUGAAAAACUUGCAGAAUACAAGGCACAGCACGGCACUCCAACUAACUUAUCUGGGGCUCGCGACGCCAUUUUCGAUGUUUCUGCUGACGAGAUAGACCGUGACGACGAGCUAACCUCGGAACCAGGAAACGAACCGCCGUUUCGUGAUGAAACGAGCGACUCCAAAGGUGGUGUGCUCGGGUGGGCAAAGAAAUUUGGCAGGGGAAAUAAGCAAGAUGAGCCACUUUCUCUUCGUUCUAUCCCCCCUGCUCGUAAAGGAAGUAAAACAGAAACCGAAGAACCACAAAUAAAAAGUGGGAAGCAAGCAGAAGGAUCUUGGGCGUUGCAUUCCAUUCCACCUGACAAGAAGAGAAAAAAGAAAAAGUCAGCUGCUCCAGACGAGAGCGCAAUUGAUGCCGCGACUCGAGACGUAACAGCACAAACUAGGGCGCAGAGCUCGGGAGAGGAUAUAGAUGGUUUCAUUCCUGAAGGAGAGUCUGCUGGCAAAAUGGAGGCAGAGUUGACCCAAUGGCACAUAUUUGGGUUUGUGGCAUCUGCAAGCAUUAUGUUGAUGCUUCUCUUUUACUUUCGGUUUUAUCCAUUCAUCUUUGUUGUUUAUGCUCUUGGUUGCGCAGGAGCAGUAUCUUAUCUGAUCUUCAGUCCAAUUUUGGUCAAAGUAGUUCCAAAGCUUGGAGACGAAGUCAUCACGGAAUUGAACAAGGAAGUUUGCUGCAGGCAAAACGGCUUUGACGUAACGAGUCAGUUGGCAGGAUUCGUAUGGUCAGGCAUCUGGAUCUGGUAUGGACUAUCACACUAUCAGCCACUGACAAACUGGUUCUUUUGGAUCACACAAGACGCGUUUGGAAUCACCGUCUCCAUCAUGUUUAUCGGGGCCCUAAAGUUGUACUCCAUCAAGAUUGCGACUUGGUUCCUUGUCGCUGUUUUCUUUUACGACAUAUUCUUCGUCUUUAUCACGCCUUACUUCACAAGUAAUGGGCAAUCUGUAAUGCUUGCCGUGGUUGGGGAUUCGGAUACUCCGAUUGAUGAUUUUUGCUUCAAGUAUCCCGAUGAUGGUGAAUGCACAGGAAUUACAUCACUUCCAAUGAUCCUGACAUUUCCUCAUAUCAAUGACUGGACAGGCGGGUCGGCUAUUUUGGGGUUGGGAGACAUUUUGCUCCCCGGAUUUCUGGUGUCGUUUACUGCAAGAGUCGACGAAGCAAAACGAUUGCUGGGAAGGCACACGACGAUUGACUUGCAAGUACCAGCAAAAUGGUACCAGGGUUAUUUCUUUCCCCUUUCGGUUGCGUAUGGCAUAGGCUUGCUGAUAACAUUUUCGGUAUUAUGGUCAACUGGCCAAGGGCAACCCGCUUUAUUGUACUUGUCACCAACGUGUUUGAUCACAAUCUUUAUUGUGGGACGAAAGGAAAUCAAGGAAAUGUGGAAUGACUCGCGAACCUUGCGGCUAGCUGAUAAACUGAUGAAGAAAUGUGAAAAGAAUUGGGCAAGACAAAGGAUGCAACGUCUCAUCGCGAAGAAGCGAAAAGAAAGAGCUGGUGGUGGCAAUGCUGGUCAAGGAGUCCCGCCUGAACAGAAUCAAAUAGAAAGACCUUCUGGUGGAAGAAAGUCUAAUGCUGGGCGGUACCAACCAGAUGGCAACAAUGCCACCGGAAGAGGUCGCGGAAGAGAUAAUCUGGGCGGAAGAGGCCGAAACCCCCGCAAUCCAGCUGGAAGAGAAGGUGGGGGGAGAAGACCUGUCCAAAGACAAAACGCUGGGACCAGGAGAAGGCAUAGUCGAGGUCGCAAAGCAGAAUCUGAAGGCAACGAUGGCGGGAAAGCAGCGGGAUCCCAAAGUGACUGUAUCGAAGUCGGAAAAAAUGACAUCUGUGUUGACAAUGAUAGCAAUCCAGGAAACAAGGCUCUUCGUCGCGCAGCUGAAAAGUCGGUAGAUACCUUCGGUGUUGAUGACUUUGGACCAGAAGUCUACAAGGAUAUAAAGAAACAGCUAAAAGGAAAGAGAUUUUUGAUCAGGGAUGGAUCACAAUGGCGACAAGCUGGUAAGAUCGAAAUUCGGGAUGCGGUCGAGCGAGCUUUCAAUGAAGCAAAAGGUUCAUAA